UGCCUAGAGCUAUUUCUCUUCCUGUUCUCUUGCUCUUCAGCCAGAUGUCACCACUGCCCCUCAUGUCCAAGCGCCCUCUCUUGGAAGCUUGAAUCAGGUGAUUCCCAGCCAGAAAGACUUCAGUGUCAGCUGCAUCCCCAACUUGGGAACGUCUGAUAUGGCACAGUUAGGAUUCCCGGUCCUCCCUGUUCUCCUGGGUUUGACUUGGCCUCAGUUGGGAGCUGCCCAAGUUACAAACGACUGUGGCCACUGCUACCAGAUCAGUCCAGGUACCAUUGCAGGAGUGGUGCUGGGAGAUUUGCUCCUGACUUUGCUCAUUGCUCUGGGAGUCUACUACAUGGUCAGCUGCAUCUAUAAACGGCAAGCAACCAGCAGUGACAAGUCUCAGCAUGAAUCUACCUAUGAGGAACUCCGAGGGCAGCAAAUGGAUAUAUACAGCGACUUGAAAAAUCCAGGUUCCCGAAUUUCUUACAGAUAAUCUGCCUCCAUUGCCUUGGCCUUCUAAGCAUUAAACAAGAAAUGCUGGAAUUAAAGUCAUCUUCAGUGGGUCAGCUCAACUACUGUAUGCAAGCUUUCCACUGAGAGCUUCUACCUGAUUGCUUUCCCUAUAUAACAUCUUGCACUUCAAUCAUCACUUAGUCUAUUUCUGUCCACCACUACCCAUACCUGUUUUUACGGUUUUAAUACGUUCCAUGUCACCUAGAGCCACUUGGGCAGUGGAAGUAGCUUAUUAAUUGAACAAAUAAGUAAAUGAAAAUAGACACAUUCAGGACAGCAUUACUUGAAUCACCAUCAGUUCCACCCAUUGGUGGUAAUGCCAUUGAACAGUUCUUCAGGAAACGUGAAUUCACUCCAAAUAGAGACAUUAUUUCAAAAUAUACAGCUUCUGGUAUAGCAAUCCAGGUCAUGUCCCACUGGACUCAUGGACCUAACUGAAUCUGAGUUGCCCCAUAGCCACACAUCAAAGAAGGAUGUUCUACCA